UCAGAAUUGUUGAAUAACCCUAUCAAGCGACUUCCCCCAUCACAAUUGCCGGUGAAACAUGCUUGAUUUCAUCACUUAAAUUAGUGCAUUCCAACAUCAAAUAUUCAUACAAAAUGAACUUCACCCGAGCUCUAUUUACGAAAGGAUUCGCUGUCAUUGCACAAACAACUGGACGAAGAGGCUUCCUAUCCGUCGCUGUCCCCGCCAACAAAAGUACGUAUUUAAACAACAAACAAGUAUUAUCAAUUCCAAAAAAUCUACAACUAUGUCGUCGAGUCCAUGAGAACUCAGUUCCAUUGCAAAUCAAAAAACGAAUCACUCGAAAGAAGCGAAAUGAAGAAGAAGACAUUGCAGCUCAGGGAUUCUUCAACGUAACCGCAUUUUCCACUGCCGAACAAUAUGAUUUAGAAUCAUUGGUCGUUGGCUUGGAAGAGCAGAAUUUGUACGCAGCUAAGAAGUUUUUUUCCACAGAUAAUUUGGGAGCUGAACAGGAUGUUCUUUAUGUAACUGCCAAGUAUAUGGUCAAUGGAGAAGCUAGAGAUAUAUUCUUCUUCCGCGAGGGUUCGGUUGUCAUGUGGAAUUUUAACGAAUUGGAAGCGAAUAACGUUCUGUCCUUUUUGAAACCAUACGAAAAAGAUGGUUACCUUAAACCGUUAGUUAAGGGUGAGAGCGAGAUUAUGCCUUACUCGUAUAUCCCUAUUCCAGUUGAAGAGAAUGUUCCACUGAGUAGCACUCAGGCAAUGUUCAAAAAUGGAAAGUUCUUCCUAUCCAAAGGGGAGCAGACAUUCUUGGAAAAGUAUACUUUUUCAAAUGCAAUGGCAACCUCAAUCAAACUGGGAAUCUGGGAGGCUACCUUGGAGAGGUUCAUCGACAACAUGCAAUAUCUAACUGAAGAUCUUAAAAAAGGUCGCCGCAUAAAAAUCGAUCGAGCUGAAGCUCUUCGAUUAACUGGCGAACUCUUUGCUCUGCGCCACAUGAUUAAUCUUAGUUCAGAUUUACUUGACACUCCCGAUUUCUAUUGGGAUCGUGAGGAACUUGAAACACUUUAUAUACAAGUUUGUUCAUAUUUUAGCAUUACUCGCAGGACGAAAGUUAUGAAUGAAAAAAUCAAUCAUUGUGUCGAAUUAGCCGAAUUGAUAUCGCAUAAUUUAAAUGACAAACAUCACAUUCGUUUGGAAUGGAUGAUUAUAAUAUUGAUUAUGGUGGAAGUUGGAUUUGAAAUUUUGCAUCAUAUGGAGAAUCAUUAUUAUAUUAAUGAACAAGAGACGACAGUUGUUCCUGUAGCACAUUGAGUACCUAGUACAAUUUAAAAAGAUGUUUUUCUUUGCGAAAAUAAAAUAAGUUUUAAGAAUGUUUUUUAUUAUUUAA